UCGCGAAGGUAACCAGCGAAUGCAGACUAGUAUCCGUUCAGUGAACCGUCUAUUCCUCAAUAGAAACGUCAUGGGUUCAAUAGGGUGGCGUUUUGUCCUUGUAUGGGUGAGUGUGGUUGGAGUCUGUGUUUUGGGGCUCCAGAGACCUCCACCCAGGUACUCCCAACAGUACAUGCCAGAAACUUCCUUUUCCUGUCGAAACAAGAUAGUAGGAAGUUACUAUGCUGAUCCUGAGACAGACUGCCAGGUGUUCCAUGUCUGUGUGUCAGUGUCUGGCACCAUCCAGGACUACAAGUUUCUGUGCCCCAAUGACACUGCAUUCGAUCAGGAGAGCCAGACUUGUGCAGAUUGGUACGAUGUGGACUGUGAGGCAGCCACUCUCUAUUAUGCCAGUGACAAUUUUGACCUGUACAGACUGGGCUCUGGCCUGGAAUCGCCGAAUUAUGAUAGUAUACGCAGCGAUGCUGAACCUCAGGAUCAUCUGCAGAGGUCUGAGACCAGUGACCCCGUCCGUUCAUCUGCAAAUACUCUGAACAGAGUGUCUUCGAGUGGUUUCAACAGCAACAGAGAUUUAAGAGGCAGCAGCAGUGGCAAUUUUUAUAAUAACAGGAAUGGCAAAGAGGAAGAUUAUGAGAAUGAAAAAUCUUAUAAGGAGGAAGUUCCUCAGGACAAUAAAAAAAAGGGUGGAAUCAGAAAAGUCAGCAGAAAACAGCAGUACAAUGAUAAUAGUAACAAUUACACACCAACGAGUACAGCUGCUCCUGCUGGUGGUAAUCAGAACACUUACACUGGGUUCUACAGUGGAAGUAAUUACCAGAAUCAGAGAACAAAUGGCUUUAUAACUUCCACAAGUGUAAGGCCACAAGAAAACUUCAACAGAAAUCAGAAUACCCAGAGGUAUAAUACACAAAGUACCAGCUAUCAGAAUAAUUACAACUUCCAGUCUCCCAGCACUACAACCAGGACCACUAUCUACAAUGCUUACAAUACUAAUACUAAUUCUAAUUACAAUCAACAGAAUGCUGGUGGCUUCAGUCAGAGUACCACAGUGAAGCCCACUAGUUAUAACAAGAAUUAUAAUAAUGGAGCACAGUUUGUACAGUCCACGACCUUGCAGCCCAGCACCAAUUACCAGGCAAAUGACUAUACAAACUACCAGAGAAAUUAUAAUAACAUUCAACGUGGGAAUAAUAAUGUUCCAUAUCAGUCCACCACUGCUGCACCUACCAUUUAUGAUAAUAACUACAAUAACAACAAUAAUAAUGGACAGUACAGAGCUGGAUCAACCACCAGACAAGACAUCUCCCAGGCAACCACUAAAUACUUCCCCAGUUUUGCAAGCAGCAGUUAUGCUCCCACUACAUAUAGUCCAGCUACCAAAAAAUACAUUCCAAAUGAUAAUGCUCCAGCUCAAACUGCUGUGAGGAGUAAUGAGAGUGGACCAUACUAUGAAAAAUCUAGCCAGUCGAUUAAAAGUUCAUCCCAAUACUAUGACAGUACCAAAGCACCAAAGAAGGCCACUCAGUACAACAAUUAUGAUGGAACAAAUGAAAAAUAUUACACUGAAACUAGCACAGGAAACUAUGAUCUAGCAAAAUCCUCUGUUGGAAUUGGAUUCAGCCCUGCUAGUAUCAAUCACUUAGCUGAGACAUCAAGAUCUACCACUCCAGUACCAAGGAGGAUUUCUACAGCCACUACCUACAAUCCAAGCAAUUUCAACUCAAAUACCCAAAGACCACCACAACCACCAACUACUCCUAGGGGAAGCACUUAUGUCAGUGGGUCUGCCAGGCCAUUUUCAUCCACAACAAGACUUCCCAGUACCACUACACCAAGACCAAAAUCUGGGAAGAAAUCUGACUAUGAUUAUGCCUAUUACGACAACACUGCAGGGCUAGAAUAUGACAGUCUCGAUUUGGAACAUGUGACUGGAAACAAAGAGUCCACGAAGAUCGCAAGGAAUUGAUUUUCUUUUAAAUGUAA